AUGGCGCGUCUGCCAUCUCAGAUUCUCAACCCACUUACCACAGUAGCCUUCACCGUCGCUCAGAUUGAUAUGGAUGCCACAAUCGAUCAGUUCACCAACUCAGUUGGAGGGUCAUUACUUCGAUAUCCACUUCGAUCCGCGACCAAGGGGAAGGAUGCGAAGACAUCGAAUGAGGAGACGCAUAUCAGUUCGGCUACCAGAAGGUUGAGGACUGCACCAAAUUUGGCCAAGAGCAUGAGCGAACUCGAUUUUUCUGGGAAAGAAAAGUCAGCGAAGCCUCCAAAGAGGAUCUCAAACCUUAUAAAGUCUACUAAUAGUAGCCCUCAUACCAUAUCUGCUGGAAUGCUCACACCAAUAUCUGAAAAUCAAAGGAACAGAUUGAACACUCAGUUGAAUGAUGACACAUCUAUGUCUGAUGCAUCGAAAUCUAGCCACAGGAAAAAGUUCAGUGUGUUAUCUUCAGCUUCCUAUUGGUUAUCACUGAUUAAACUUUCUGAGUCAGCUUCAAAGCACUCAGUUUCGAUAGGUUUUUUUAAGCUUGCGCUUGAAUCAGGAGUUGAGCCUCUGCAUCGAAUUCGUGAAGAACUCGGGUCAUAUGUACUCAAGUACAACCUUCUAGAAGAACUAGAAAACAUCACAAAGGAUAUACUCAAUAGUUACAACAUACAAGAUCUUGAGAAGCCACAUAUUGUGGAGAAUGAUUCUCAAUUACCAGAUGAUGUAGCCGUAAACUUGGGUGAGGUUCAUAAGAACACUACAAUUCUUCAGAGGGCCGUUAAUUUGAAGCCAAAAUUUUCAAGCAUAAACACUCUUGUUGAAUCAAAUAAGAAAGACGUUGUUCAAAAGAGAACUCCCGCAAGUAGAAAAAAAUCACCCACAUCGAGGAAUCCAAAAAAUGCUGUUCUUAUGAAUGAUUCAGUUGGCACAAGUGCAUCUCAACAACCAAGAAAGUUGCAAAUGAACAAGGGAAAAAGCUACAGCAAGUGCUCUGAGAAGAAUUCUAAUAAUGAUGAAGUGGAUGAUUCACACAACGAAUUGCCAAAACUUAAUGAUAAAGAAAACAUGGCAUCUGAAAGCAUAGAUAUUUACAGCUCAAAGUAA